AUGAGCUCCCAUCAGAUUGCUGUAGCGAAGGCUUCGUUCUCCGCCGGCCUGCUACGGCCUGAUCCGUCGCCAGUCUCCGGCGAGGAGAUAUCGCGCUUUCACACCGAGCUUGACACGAUGCUGUCGCAUUGCUCACCAGCACAUAUCCAGAUUUGCAAAUCAUGGCUUCUAAAACACGUUGCUCCCUCGGCCGUCCGAAUAGGGGGAUUAGGCAAAUACUUCGUUGCGCUGGCAGAGUUCCUGCAACAGAAACCAGCAGAUAAACUAGAAGUUCAAAAUGGGGCCGGUAGAAAGCGCGGUGCAUCUCCGAGGAGAAAGACGUUACACAUACUCUACCUGUUGAACGAUUUGCUUCACCAUACGAAGUAUCAUGACCCAACACCCACCUCUGCGUUCUCAACGGUAGCCGAGUCAUUACGCCCGUACUUGACUACGCUUUUUAGCCAUGCUGGAAGCUAUAGCCGUGGCGAUAACUCCAAGUAUCGCAAGCGGGUCGACGAUCUUAUCAAGCUAUGGGAAAGCAAUGCAUAUUAUAGCGCGGAAUACAUGAAGAAAUUGAGGGAUGCGAUUGAAAAUUUCGAGGCCAUUGGAGACAAGACUACCAUAGAUGGGGAAGCACAUGCUGAGCAGAAAAAGACUGAAACGCGGAAUAUACCGUAUAUCAUGCCGGCGACCCAUGGUGAUCCCAAUGCGCCGUAUUACGAAUUGCCUGCAGGAAACAUGCUGCCACACAUAAUUCCGGAUUCCUCAGCUGCAAUUCGAACCCAGUCAUUAAAACCUCUCCAAUUUGCCGCUGGCCCCGCUGAUGAGUCCCUUGUCAAGGCCGUGAAAUCCCUCCUGGCAGAGGUAGACAGGAUUUACGAUACCAAUGAACACGAGUCUCGGGAGUUUACAAUAGUAGAUGUGGAUGAGCUGGGGCAAACUACGACGCGCAAUGAUAUGACGGGGGAAUCGCUGGACAGUGGCACAUACUACGGCUGGUCUCGGGAGUUUUGCCAAAACAUGAAGCAACGCAGGAGCGGAAAGACUCGCAGUAGAAGCCGGAGCGCAAGUCAAAGCAUCAGCUCACGGCGGUCAGCAAGUAAAAGGCGGCGGUACAGUGAUAGCAUGAGCGAAGAUGGCAGAGGCCGUUCACCUUCCACGAGCUCUUCACUAUCCCGUGCACGUCGACGAAGAGGCUCAGAAUCCCGCUCCCGUUCCCGCUCUCGCUCACCUCCCCGUCGAUCCAGGGCAGGCCGUUCAGCAUCCAGAUCAGCGUCGUACUCGCCUAAACCACCUGUAUCUCGCGGAGUCCAGUCGCCACCUCCACCUCCACCUCCUCCCUCGCAGCCUGCAAAUCAAACCCAAGCACCUUACGUCAAUACUCAAUUCCCUUUCAUAGGCGCGCAGCAGUUAGGUAUGCUACCCAUAAACCCUGCGCAGCCAGUAAUAUUUCCUCCGCCAGUUCGACCGCCAAACUAUCAUGGGCCCUGGCCACCGCCUCCUCCUCCACCGCCAGGCAUAUCUGCGCCGGGAGGGGGUCCGUUCCCCCCAGCUAUGAAUAUAAACAUGGCCAUGAACAUGGGUAUGAAUAUGAACCUGCCAGCAUUCCAGCAAAACCUCCCACCAUCGACGAUUGGUGGGUCUAUGGGCGGACAGCAGUUCAUGCCUCCACUGCACCAUCAAGGGGCAAACUUCGGUUUCAAUCCACCACCGCAUCCCCACCAGCAGCAGCAAGGCCACCAAGGCGAGCAGAACCAUCAGAGCCAGCAGGGCCAGCAGGGCCAGCACGGACAGCACGGACAGAUACAUCCAAGAAACUCAAGCUCCAGCCCCAAUGGGAUGGGUAGAUGGAACCAAGGCGGCUGGUCUUGA